AUGGAACGACCUCAGAAAAGACUCCGCUUAUCCUUGGGUUGUCACGGCGAAGACUCGGACGAUAUAGACCUGCAGGAAGCCAGAGCCCAAAAUGACUUACGCCUCAAAUCGAUCUUUGAACGCAUCUUCGAAAAAUACGGAAAAGAUUUCACGGAUAUUGGGGAUGAAAUCGAUUUACAGACAGGGAAUAUUGUGGUCAAUAAUGGUCACUUACAGAGAAUGUCCGGCGAAGAUGAUACUGGGGAAAAGGACGACGAGGACGGGUGGUUGUUCGAGGAAGACCUACCCACGUCUGCGGUUCAGAUCUCUGAAGCUACGCUGGCGGGAUCUGUACAUGACUCGGGCAUAGAGGCAGAGACUGGCGGUGACGAUGCGAAAGAUGGAGAGCAGCUACAGCGCUCGCUUACAUCGCUGCAUACGCUCCCAGCGCUGCGGUUAGAUCGGGCAUAUGAAAAGCAGCCACCUGAAACAGUCGAGCCGGAUUCGGAUGACGAUUCAAAAAGUGUGGAUUCUUUGUUGGACUGUGCAUUGAUCGUCCCCAAUGAGUCAGAUGAACCUGAUAGUCAAGCCCCGUCGCUUGAAAGUGAGGCUUUUCCCGCAAAAGCAAAUACUACGGCUGACAUCCCCGUCCAAUCCCGACAGAUGCGUGGAGACAAAGCCGAUGAGCCAUUGGAGUCUAUCUGGCGCGUUCCUGAGAUUAAAGGCGAGUUCUCGACGCCUAUUUUCUACAGAUCACGCCCCAAGCUUCCUUUGACUGCUGUCCGAUCUGCAUCUCCUCCAAGAGCGGGAUCUCUGUGGGCACUUCCUGGAAAAUCAAGGCGCAACACAGCCGCCAAAAAGGGAAAAAGCAGAAAGAGACUUGAAGUCAGCCAACAAAAUCACAAGCAUCAAUCAAGCCCCGUCUUGCAUGACUGGUCCUUUGCAGAAACCCCUGAUGGAAGCGAAUCGGACGAUCCUCUGCAGGAAGACUAUCAACCAUCGCCAACACCGAAAACCCUCAUUCAUAUCAGGGGCAAAAAUCAGGUCCAAAUCACUCCGAGUCGCACAAAGGAUGAGCGCAGACCGCUUACCCCUCAGCUGGAUCCUGGUUGCCAACCCACCACGAAUGCUCUUCAUGGAGCAACAGAGCCCAAAAUCGCCAACGGCGCAACUUCACAAUUACAGCCUCAAACCAUUGAAAAACAUGCAGACCAGUGUCUUUCUGUAGAUACACCUAUUUCCGCAGCCGUGCAACACGCAGACCCGGUCAUAGCGCAGGCAUCCACUCCUACUAGAGCCAAAAGGACACUGAUGACGCCAGACGAGGCGAAGCUGAUCAUCCGCAUGAGGCAGAUUGAAGGAAAGAAAUGGAAGGAAGUCCAAGAACAUUUUCCGCAGCGAAAAUUAGUUUCACUCAUCCAGUGGAACCAGACGCAUUGGACUGAACGGCAUGACAAACCGCCUCGACUCUCCAGACCUUGGUCGAAGGAGGAGGUGGACAAAUUGCAGACUUUCAAGGACCAACAAGGAUUAACUUGGCCCCAUAUUCGUGCCGGCCUUCCCGGUCGUUCACACGCGGAAGUAGAGUUCGCACUGUUGAGACUCUGGGCUGAGUUGGAUGACGGUUCAAAGUACGAAUUUUCAGAGCUCGUGAGCGAAGCGAAGCUGACAGGCGACGGAGUCCAAAUCCCGGUGCAGUCGACUCUCGACCGUGUCUCUCUGGCUAAGCCUAGAGAGCCUCGGGAACAAGACGAUCGCGAGACGGAGAGGGAGAGCGUGUGA